GGCAGCGGGGGCCGGCGCUUCUCCAACGUGGGGCUGGUGCACACGUCGGAGCGGCGGCACACGGUGAUCGCGGCCCAGAGCCUGGAGGCGCUCAGCGGGCUGCAGAAGGCGGACGCCGACCGCAAGCGCGAUGCCUUCAUGGACCACCUGAAGAGCAAGUACCCCCAGCACGCCCUGGCUCUGCGAGGCCAGCAGGACAGGAUGCGGGAGCAGGUUGGUGGCUGGACCGUGGACCCCGUGUGCCUCCUCAGCUCUCUCUGCUCCCACCUCCAUGGCGACUCUGCCCCCUCCGGGGCUGGCCAGCCGGCCCAGCAGCCAAACUACUGGAGUUUCAAGCAGGCCCGCAGUUCGCGCCACACUCAGGGAGCCCAGCCCGGGCUGGCAGACCAGGCGGCCAAGCUGUCCUACGCCUCGGCUGAGUCGCUGGAGACCAUGUCGGAGGCCGAGCUGCCCCUGGGCUUCAGCAGGAUGAACCGCUUCCGACAGAGCCUGCCCCUCUCGCGCUCUGCCAGCCAGACCAAGCUGCGCUCGCCAGGGGUGCUGUUCCUGCAGUUCGGGGAGGAGACUCGGCGCGUGCACAUCACGCACGAGGUCAGCAGCCUGGACACGCUGCACGCACUCAUCGCGCACAUGUUCCCGCAGAAGCUCACCAUGGGCAUGCUGAAGUCGCCCAACACCGCCAUCCUCAUCAAAGACGAGGCCCGCAACGUCUUCUACGAACUGGAGGACGUCCGGGACAUCCAAGACCGCAGUAUUAUCAAGAUCUAUAGGAAGGAGCCGCUCUACGCAGCUUUCCCCGGCUCACAUCUCACCAACGGGGACCUCCGGAGAGAGAUGGUGUACGCGUCGCGGGAGUCGUCGCCCACGCGGCGCCUCAACAACCUGUCGCCGGCGCCGCACCUGGCGUCCAGCUCGCCGCCGCCCGGGGAGCGCAUGGAGGCCAUGGAGAAGCAGAUUGCCAGCCUCACCGGCCUGGUGCAGAGCGCCCUACUGCGAGGCUCAGAGCCUGAGACCCCCAGCGAGAAGAUUGAAAGCUCCAAUGGAGCAGCCACCCCCUCAGCACCCUGCGGGUCAGGAGGCCGGAGCAGCGGGGCCCCCCCAGUGUCCGGCCCUCCCCUGCCCGUGGCCAGCAGCACCCCUGCAGGGCAGCCCACUGCCGCCAGCCGUCUGCAAAUGCAGCUGCAUCUUCGUGGCCUACAGAGCAGCGCCAGUGACCUGCGUGGCCAGCUACAGCAGUUGCGAAAGCUCCAGGUAUGCCCCUUCCUGCCCGCCCCUCCCCCACUUGCAGAGCCUCUUCACCAAAAUCCUGUCCCAUCCCUUGCUCCCUCCUCCAGAGCUCUGAUGCAGUCCCUCUCAGCAUCCUUUCUUCCUCUCCCCUUCCUCAAGCUCCUGCCCCCCUGGCUGAACCUCAGCUUCCUCACCAAGUCACCACCUCUCGCCCAUUAUCCCAGUCCCUUCCGGCCUUGCAGCCCUUCCCCCAAGUCCCUUCAGUUCCCCCUUCCUGAGCCGGACAGUCUCCCCAGCCCUGCCUGGCAGAUGGUCCCACCUGUCAGGAGCCUGGCAUCGCUGUGCCCGCUCCUCAAGCGAGCCCGGGGCCCGUCAGGGCUGCCCGAAGCCACGGCUGUGCAGUCGCACUGCCGGCCACUCCCUGCCCCCCAGAGAUUCUCACCCCCUUCUCCUGCCUCUGCAUAUCCCCGGAACUUCACUUUUGCCCUCCGUCCCCCACCACGCCAGCCCUUCGCUGCUGCCGGCGGCCACAGCCAUGGCCUUCCUCCUGCAGGGCCAUUUCAUGACUUGGAGAAAUCAGUGGAGAAGAUCCAGAGGGAGGUGUCGCACAACCACCGGCUGGUACCUGGCCCGGAACUGGAGGAGAAGGCGCUGGUGCUGAAGCAGCUUGGGGAGACGCUGACGGAGCUCAAAGCUCACUUCCCGGGCCUGCAGAGCAAGAUGCGGGUGGUGCUGCGUGUGGAGGUGGAGGCCGUGAAGUUCCUGAAGGAGGAGCCGCAGCGACUGGACGGGCUGCUCAAGCGCUGCCGCGGGGUCACCGACACGCUGGCCCAGCUCCGAAGGCAAGUGGACGAGGGUGUGUGGCCACCGCCCAACAACCUCCUGAGCCAGUCACCCAAGAAGGUGACAGUGGAGACUGACUUCAGCAAGAGCCUGGACUUCGAAAUGCCACCUCCCAGCCCACCUCUGAACCUCCAUGAGCUGAGUGGGCAAACCGAGGGAGCCUCUCUUACCCCCAAGGGCGGCAACCCCACCAAAGGCCUGGACGCUCCCGGCAAGAGAAGCGUGGACAAGGCUGUGAAUGUUGAGGCUGCAGAGAGAGACUGGGAGGAGAAGCGGGCAGCCCUGACCCAGUACAGCGCCAAGGACAUCAACCGCCUCCUGGAGGAGACACAGGCGGAGCUGCUCAAGGCCAUCCCUGACCUGGACUGUGCGAGCAAGGCCCACCCGGGCCCAGCCCCCACCCCAGACCACAAACCUCCCAAGGCCCCCCAUGGCCAGAAGGCAGCCCCCCGAACGGAGCCCAGCGGGAGAAGAGGCUCAGAUGAGCUGACAGUGCCUCGGUACCGCACGGAGAAGCCCUCCAAGUCCCCCCCGCCACCCCCUCCCCGCCGGAGCUUCCCUUCCUCCCAUGGUCUGACCACUACACGCACCGGAGAGGUGGUGGUCACCAGCAAAAAAGACUCGGCCUUCAUCAAGAAGGCUGAGUCUGAGGAGCUGGAGGUGCCGAAGCCCCAGGUGAAGCUGCGCCGGGCCGUGUCCGAGGUGGCCCGCCCAGCCUCCACACCACCCAUCAUGGCCUCCGCCAUCAAGGACGAGGACGAUGAGGAUCGCAUCAUCGCAGAGCUGGAGGUGUUUGAGAGAAGCUCAGUGUCUUCCCUUCCCCCCACGCCCCGCCGCCAGCCGAUCCCCACCUUGCUGUCCCCCCAGGACCUGGGGCCCCCCGGGGGCUCAGCCCCAGGCCCCACAUGGAAGAGUGGCGGAGGCAGCGUGCCACCCAUGAAGGUGGUAACUCCGGGGGCCUCACGACUGAAGGCGGUCCAGGGCCAGGCUGGCAGCCCUGACAAAGGCAAGCAUGGCAAGCAGAGGGCCGAGUACAUGAGGAUCCAGGCCCAGCAGUUCCAGUGCUUUGGAUCUGGGGAGAACUUGAAUUCUCAGCCAGCCCUCCCUUCUCAGGAGUCCCCCUGCCCUCUGGGGGCAAAGAAAACCAUCUCCCAGCUGCGCAUCCCUUGCUCCUGGCAGGGAUGA